AUGGUUUCGCUAGCUUUCAACUUGAAGUUCACGUACUGGGCUGCCCCCAAGCAUGUCCCUCAGCAUGUCGCCGCUCUGUGGGACCUCUUUUCCCUCGACAAGAACAAGGCGCAGUUGACCGACUGGACUCUGUCUAUUCCCCAGGUCUAUAACGCUGCCAACGGAACCGGCUCAGACCAGAUCAAGUUGGUGACUUUCGCAGUCAGGUUCACCCACAAGACAGUCACCUACGACGACGUGAAGCAGGCCAGGACCGUCUUCGAGAACGCCUGCAAGACCUGCGCCGCCAUCGUUUGGAACUUGCCGUCUUCGCAUGAAUCCCUUCCGGGUCUUCUCCGCUUCGAUCACAUCUUGCGAUGCAUCUUCGCUCUGCAGAACAACCCUACCAGCACCUCUGGCUUCUGGGGUGAGUGGGGGCUGAUCUCGGUCUACCACCGAUGCACAUCGCCCGAUGAUGGCAGUCCUCUGGCCAUGCUUGACAAGUUCAUGGAGUACCAAGAGCGCAUGCCCAAGCGAAACAACAAGAUCGAGGCCGGGCCCUCCAAGAACGGACUCGGAAAAAUCAAGACCUUGACUGCCGACGCUGGCAAGAACUACAAGCUCGUCAAGAAGGAUUCUUCUCGUCUGAUCCGCAGCCAAUCCGCAGUUGAUGCCCAGGGCUUCAACAGCACCGUCCACGCAGCUGUCCAGCGCCACUGCGAUGUUCUGGAUUGCAUGGAGGCCACCGAUGCCGCCAACGGCAGACUCGCCAUGCUACUCGGAGAGCUUGCCAACAUGACUGCCUCAUUCAUGGCGAUUGCCAAGGAUACACCCAAACGCCCCACGCCGUGGUGGAAGAUUUUCAGCAGCGGAGACCACCUCGACAAGGCAAGCCGCUCGAUGACCAAGCUCCAUGGUCGUGCAAGCGCGUUGGAGACCAAGGCGAAACUCCUCCAUGCCUUGUUCACCGACCUUGACAGCGCUGUCAAGCAGCACGGGACCUGUUCUCGUCGCCUCGUCCUCAACAGCCACCUUCAGGCUCAGUGGCGCAAGCUUGUCGACAUUCUUGAGCAGCCCGACGCGGAUCAGUCUCAAUUGGACAGUCUUUUUGGCGCCAACAUCCAAGCCAUGGCAAACGUCAACAGGCGUGAGGACGAGUUGCUGCAGUCGAUGCGGACGUUCAAGAAAGGCGAGCGUGCCUUGUGUACGGAGGAGAGGUGGUUCGUGAAGCUAGCCUCCCAGCUCGAUGGCGAGGUUCGAAAGUUGUCGCGAGACUACGUCGAGGCGGCGAACAAGUUCAAGCAGGCAGAGAUGCGCGUCUCCGGGUCUAAGAAGGCGACGAAGGGCAAGGACAUGGAGUGCGACAACGAGAGUGACUGCAGCGACGAGACGUUGUGCGAGAAGAAGCAGUAG